UCCUUCCUGUACUUCAUCAUCUAAUUAUUCCUUUGAACAAAAAUACAGAAUCCGCCGACAAGAUCUGAUCUUGCCACAUAUAUGCUUCAGUUUAAUGGAUAAUGAUCAACCUUGUGCGAAUUCCAUUAUUGACGAUAGCCAAAAGAAGAUGAUGCAUAGAGAUAUUGAAAGGAAAAGAAGACAAGAAAUGGCCGCCCUUUAUGCAUCACUCAGAUCCACACUCCCUCCUCAGUCUAUCAAGGGAAAGCGUUCAUUGGCAGAUCAUAUGAACGAAGCUGUGAAUCAAAUAAAACACCUGCAAACGAGGAUCAAAGAACUCGGUGCCCAGAGAGAUGACCUAAAGAUACAAACGUCGUCGCCGGAUUUGAGUUGUACUAGUGCUCUUGGCCUAGCUGGGAAUCUUAGUGGAUCUACUGGUAGCUCUUCAUCAUUGUUAGCAGGCAACUUUUCAAGAAGCCGUGUUGCAGUCAACCCUUGCUUAGGUGGCGUUGAGAUUGUAAUAAUCAGCUGUGUUACUGGUGCUUCUGCAGAGCCACAAGGUGUGGUCUUAUCAAGAUUGCUGCAAAUACUGCUUGAACAAGGACUUACUGUAAUUAAUUGUGCUACUACCCAGGUUAACAAAAGGCUUGUCUACACCAUACAAUCCGAGGUUAGCAAUCCAUCAUAUAUAGACUUUCAUGGGCUGGAGCAGACUCUCGCAAAAGUCGUCUCAUCAUCGACCGGAUUUUGAAGGGGGCAAUGUAUAUAUGUUUAUAUGGUUGAUUUACACAAUACUAAGAAAGUUUAAUUAGUUGUAGGUUUCUUCUCUACAAGAAUGUAACAUAACCAAUCAUCAGCAACAUUUUGCUAAUUUGCUUGCUUG